AAGAGGAGUGUUUACUACCCAGCCUGUGGAAGCCGGAGCUUUUGUUUUGGAGUACAGGGGUGAACUCAUUUCAGCAGAAGAAUGCCGGGCAAGAGACUACACUGAGUUACAGAGCACAUUUCUGUUUGAAUUUGAGUGGCAGAAGCGUCACUGGUGUAUUGAUGCAUCCAAAGAAGACCGCUCCCUUGGAAGAUUGAUUAAUGACAACCACAAAUCUCCAAACUGCACCAUGAAAAAAAUCGUAGUAAACGACAGGCCACAUUUGUGUCUAUUUGCUGUGAAGAAAAUUGAAAUAGGAAGUGAAAUCGAAUACAACUAUGGUGAUUCACAAUGGCCAUGGCGUAAAAAGGGGCCAAAGCAGCAGACUUCUGUUCUAGAGACCAAAACAUCCCUAACAGAUCGCUCUUCCCAUGAUGACUCCAACAAAGAUGCUGUCGUCACACAGGAGCCAAAGCAGCAGACUUCUGUUCUAGAGACCAAAACAUCCCUAACAGAUCACUCUUCCCAUGAUGACUCCAACAAAGAUGCUGUCGUCACACAGGAGCCAAAGCAGCAGACUUCUGUUCUAGAGACCAAAACAUCCCUAACAGAUCACUCUUCCCAUGAUGACUCCAACAAAGAUGCUGUCGUCACACAGGAGCCAAAGCAGCAGACUUCUGUUCUAGAGACCAAAACAUCCCUAACAGAUCACUCUUCCCAUGAUGACUCCAACAAAGAUGCUGUCGUCACACAGGAGCCAAAGCAGCAGACUUCUGUUCUAGAGACCAAAACAUCCCUAACAGAUCACUCUUCCCAUGAUGACUCCAACAAAGAUGCUGUCGUCACACAGGAGCCAAAGCAGCAGACUUCUGUUCUAGAGACCAAAACAUCCCUAACAGAUCACUCUUCCCAUGAUGACUCCAACAAAGAUGCUGUCGUCACACAGGUAUUUACCAUCAAAGGGUUUUCCCUAGUGAACUAUCCCGAAAGUGAUGAGACGGAUGAGUAUAUUAAAGACAACCCUCCAACUCCACACUGUGAUGUUGUUCGAAAGAAGACGAGGAAUGGAAACAUUCAGGUGGUUGGAGUAGCUGAUUUUUCUGAUCCUCUGAUUGACUCAAAUGAGAGUAUAAUAGAUGAAACUGAUGAGGAUUCUAGUCUGCAGUCAGACAAUGAAGUUGUUCCAAAAAAUAUUUUGAUGGAUAGAGUACCAGAUUUUUCUGUUCCUCUUAAUGAGUCAAGUGAUGACAGCAUGGAUGAGCCUUCCACUUCUAUGUCUGAAAUGGCUUCACAAAGGCCGAGGAGAAACUGUCACCGCCCUAGACUGUUGACAUGGAUGGGUGUUCACAAGAGGAAGAUGACUUUAUUCCAGACGUACAGGAGCCUGAAGUUGAGGACAGUGUGGCAUCCACACAAGAACCUACAUCCACACAAGAACCUACUUCCACGCUGCAUUCCCAAUACCAGAGAAAGUCGGCAAAAAAGAGAGGUAAAGAAACUGCUGUCAAAAGAAGCUGGACAACAGAUGAAUGUGCGGCAGUAGAAAGACACCUAAGGAAAUUCAUUGUGAGGAGCCAAGUUCCAGGGAAAAAGGACUGUCAGCGCUGCGUUGAUGCAGAAGCUCAAGCGUUAGGAAAUCGAGACUGGAAGGCGGUCAAAUACUUCAUCAAAAAUCGUAUUUCUGCCAUAAGAAGGAAAGUACAGUGAAAUACAGGUAGCUCAACGUAUUGGAUGCCUUCCCACUAGCAUUUACAUCGGGAUAUACAUUUUAAGUGUUUUCAACAGUUUACAUUUAGUUGUUUUCAUUG